UUAUCCUUCGUUUAUCUAAUCGAUAAUAAACGAUCGAGAAGUUAGUACAUCUAUCUAUAUAAGGAAGAUUUAAGUAUCAUUUAUAAAAAGAUUUCCGUUUGCGCACGUGUCUGUUUUUCAAAUUAUUUACAAAAGAUUCUCGAUGCACAAUUGUAUCCUUGUGUAUAUUUAAAUUUGACUGACGUAGUAUUGAAAAAAAAAUGGCGACAACCGGUAAAGGAUUCAGUCAUCAAACUGGAGACGAUUAAAAUAUUGAAUAACAGAAAUCAGGCAUUAUUACAAGUCAUCCUUUCUAUUCUCGCUCGAGUGAAAAUCAGAACGAUAAACAGAAAUUUCUGGGUUGGCAAAUAUGUGGUGGGUGUAAACGUCGAAGCAAUGACCGAGAGAAAUGGAGGAAACGAGAAAGAAAAUGACAAUUUUCUUACAAUCUUGCAACUCUUGUUGAUUUUAUUUAUACGAUCGAUUUCCCAAAGAGAAAGAAAGAUGCAGUCGCUACGGGGUGCAGUAAUAUUGACGAUGUUCUUGAUCGUUAUGAUUGGUUGGACUACGGCGAUACCAACACCCGAAAAGGAUGUACUUUUGAACGACGUAGACUUGGUGGAUGAUGACGGUAGCAUCGAUGCAGCACUAAUAAAUUAUCUAUUUACGAAGCAGAUCGUAAAACGACUUAGAAACCAACUCGACAUUGGAGAUCUCCAACGUAAGCGAAGUUAUUGGAAGCAAUGCGCCUUCAAUGCAGUUUCCUGCUUCGGCAAAUAAAUCAUUCUACUUUAUUGCUUGCACAAAGGAAAGAUAAGGGAAAAAGAAAAAGAAGAAAAAGAAAAAAGAAAGGAAAAAAAAAUGAUAAAAAACAAACAAAAACAAAAAAAAAAAAAAAAGAAAAAAGAGGAUACCAUAUUCAACUAUCUCUAUUUCCCUCUUUUAUCCUUUUCAAAGUCUCGCCUUAAAAAUGAAAUAAUUACGACGAGAAAGAUAUCUUCAAUAAAGAACAACAAAUAUAUACGUAUAUAUAAAUAUAUAUAUAUAUAUAUAUAUAUAUAUAUAUAUUUAAAUUAAAUAAUCAAUUAAUUAAUUAUAUAUGAUGCAAUUACGAUCGUCCUAAUAUCCGCAAUAGAAUUAUUUUAUUAGUCGUAUGUAUUUCUACGUGAAAAUUAAUUUUCAAUCAUUAUUAAUAAUCACAUAAAUUGUAGGAAUGUUUAAUUAAUAAGAGUGAAUUGUUAAC